AUGUCGAUCUCUCUAAGACACAAUCUGACUAAACCCGGGCAGACGCAUACUGCAGGUGAAAAACCAUAUUUAUGCGACGUAUGUGACAAGAAGUUUAACAGGAAUGACCAACUGACUGUACACCGGCGGACGCACACGGGGGAAAAACCGUACCUAUGCGAUGUAUGUGACAAGAAGUUUACCAAUAGUAGCAAUCUGACUGUACACCGGCGGACGCAUACGGGUGAAAAACCGUACCUAUGCGACGUAUGUGGCAAGAAGUUUAACAGUAAUGGUGAACUGACUAAACACCGGCGGACUCACACAGGUGCAAAACCGUACCUAUGCGACGUAUGUGGCAAAAAGUUCAACAGUAAUAGUGAAUUUACCGUACACCGACUGACGCAUACGGGUGAAAAACCGUACCUGUGCGAUGUAUGUGACAAGAAGUUUAUCAAUAGUGGCAAUCUGACUGUACACCGGCGUAGGCAUACGAGUGAAAACCCGUACCUAUGCGAUGUAUGUCACAAGAAGUUUAUCAAUAAAGGCAAUCUGAUUAAACACCGGCAGACGCAUACGAGUGAAAACCCGUACCGGUGCGACAUGUGA